AUGGCGCAGUCAUCCCAGCAGAGUAAUAAUGCGCAUGCCUCCGUAGGGCAGAACCCCAUGCCAGCAGACUACUGGAACAACAUCGAAGGAUUGUAUCCUCCGCAGCCGCCGCCGCAACCCGCACAGCAUCAACAACAGCAUCAACCGCAACAAACUCCACAGGGCAUCACAUGGGACCACCCGAUAAUCGCCCAGCGAGGCCAGCAACACCAGCAGCCUCAUGUUCCGCAGCCGCAGGAACAUGUGCGGGAUCUGUACUCCGGGACGCCGCAAUCAUGGGCCCAAAAUCCGCCGGCAACCCAGUCGACAAACGUAUCUCAGCCCCAGCCGUACGCCCUUUCACACCAACACCCGUAUCAGAUGCAGCAGUAUCCUCAGGAUCAGCUAGCUUAUGAGCCGCAGACUUUGGGUCCCAGCGAGCUGUCCUAUGCCUCUUCAUACUCCCUUCCCGGUCACUAUUACCAACCGGCCGGACUACAGCCUUCAGAUGCAUACCCUCAAACACAACAUCGCUCUAUUGCUCCUAGACCUCCUUCUGCUCAGCAGCCUCAACUCAAUGCUGCAGGCCAGCAAACUACACAGUCCCAUCCUCAGUACAUCUUACCAGCACCGAACUACACUGAAAAUGUGCAAGAGGCCCCUCAUUUCAACCAAUUUGCAGAAGCAACACCAGCUCUCAACUAUCAAAACACUAUUGACCCGCGGUUCCUCUCGUCCGGCCAACCAGGGGCCGACCAGGCUCCGUCUGGACAGAAUUCUUUUCUUUUUUAUAACCCUACGGCGUCCUCCUAUGAACGGCCUAAUGAUCCAAAGGCUUAUCAAAUGUUCCCGGAUAAUCUCGGUGCGUUAAACGCUGAACAGCUCAAUGCUCGACAUCACAUACAUCCCCAGUUUGCACAACUUCCAGAGCUGGCGCCUUAUCCAAUGUCAACAGGCGUUCUAGGUAUGUCUUGUUUCCCCCCCUUAUCAAUCCGCGAACAUCUAUUCACAUUUCCUGCAGUUCCUCCUGGGUCCGAAAAGUUCAAUGCUGCUCUGGUCCAAAAGAAGGUGGGCACAACGAAAUCGAAGCCCAUGAAGGCCGCUGCAAAAGGAGCCAAAAGGGCCGGUGGCAGGUCCGUGUCGGAGUCGGAGACGGACACCUCAGACUCUGAACUGGAAAUUGAAGAGCCCGAGGAGCCUUCUCCUCUUCCACUAGUACGACCUGCCGAUGCCGACGGUGCGGCGCAGUAUGACAGUAUCAAAGCAGUGUGGUCACCUCGAAACAGACGUCCAAAAGCUGAAAAAAUUAAAGCUUCUCUUGUAGCAUUUAAAGAUGUCGUCAAGGCUGUAAGAGAUGAGUGGAAGACUCUUAGUCAAGCGAUGAAGGACGCUGAAAACCAAAACGACAAUGACAAGGCUGCCGAGCUCAAGAAAAAGGUUAUCCAGCAACGGCAAAUCAUGAACGUGGUCGUCAGCACAACACUAGACAAAGGCCACGAAAUCAUCAUCGAAAAACUAGGAGAACAUCCGAUGGCUGUAGCGGCGCUAUACUCUUUUCUACUUGACCGCCACCAAGCUUCUGACCAUGAGGGCGUACUCUUGGUGAAUAUUCUCAAGCUACUCGCACGGUUUACCACUAUGGAUGAGGACACGCUAUCCAAGACCAACGUGUCCAAGCUGUUGCCAAGGAUCAUCAAGAAGGGCGCUCAGCCUGGAAAAGAUCUUGCUCAGAAGAUCCUAGAAAAUGCAGCUGCUUCGACGAAGCGAAAACAAGAGUCGGCGGCCAACUCGCCUUCCAAAGACGGCACUCCUGAGCGGUCUAGCGAGUCUUCUCGAUCAGAUUCUGUGGCCGGUAUCAAACGCCCGCGAGAUGGAGAAAGCAACGGUCUUCCUGCUACCAAAAAAGCCGUAGCGUCGUCUGCUGUCAAGGGCUCUGCAGCUACAAAAACAGCCGGAGCAUCUACUGUCAAGCCCGCAGAUGGCAAGCCGACUACUGCUCCAGCAGCGCGGCCAAAGGCCAACAUUGCGCCGCCGAAGCUCACAAGUCUCUUUGGCAGUCUUGCUUCGGCCUCGAAGAAGCCUGGAACGUCCAAUGCAGCACGUGCCGCGGCGGCUGCUGCUGCCGCCAAGGAAAAGUCCAACGCUCCUGCUGAGAAGAAGGAAUCGCCUGCUGCCGCACCUGCGAAACCCGCAUUCUCCUUUGGAGAUAUCCUAGCUGAUCUCAACAAGAAAGAGGACACCAAGACCCCGGAGACGUCCGAAACCCGGCCUCCUGAGACGGAAGAAGAGCGCGAGAAGCGCCUGCGCAAGGAGGCACGUCGCAAGCUGCGCGUCAGCUGGAAGCCCGAGAGUUCUCUUGUAGAAGUUCGCUUGUUCACUCAUGAUCCCGACGAGGAGAUAGGCGCAGACGACGACCGGAAACGGGAUAUGGCCGACGUCAAGGGAGAAGGCCGAAUGCUCAAACUGCACAAGGAUCUGGACCUGGAUGACGACGAAGAGUCUGGGCCCCAGGAAGAGGAAUUCCGUCCGUGGUCGAAUUUGAUUGCAAUCGAGAUGGACAACUUGAGCCGUGAAGAUCAGGAGAGCAACUUUAUCAAACGAGGAGGGACAAAGGAGCCGGAAAGCCCGGAGAAGUUGGCGCAAGAGACCCGCGAGGCGAACACUUUGAUGGUGUUCUAUACUUCGCCAGCCGAUGUGCCGCCGUCUCCAAAGGAACCCCCUCAGCCUAGUGAAGAGGAAGAGGAGGAGCCUUCUAAUGAACAAUCAUUUGGAGAGCCGGAUGACAGCGUCAAGGGACGUUCAGCCCGAUACUUUGCCAUGUUUAAUCCUCCACCCCCACCACAGCCAGUGGCAGCCCCUGCUGCUGUCCCGGCAAACGGCUCUCUCGACAUUACGAAUCUCCUCAAAGUCAUACAAAAUGCACCUCCGCAGGCUCAAUCUACGCCUCCACCGCAACCUGCACAGUCUCAGCCUGCUCCUCUCUCCGAGCUCGAACGCACUAUCAACAUAUUCCGUCAGCAACAAGGGCAGCCACCGCAGUCCAUGCCACAGAUUCCUCAGGUUCCUCAGGUUCCCCAGAUACCACAAGCUGCAGCUCCCCCAGCUCCGCAACUUGACUUUCAAAAACUUCUCGCCGUUUUGAAUGCGCAGAAGCAGCCACCCGCUUCGCAGCCAAGUAUAGCGCCUAAUCUCGCUUCAAUCGUCUCUCAGCUUAGCGGCAGCAACGCAGCACAGCAGCAGCCUGUUUCUCAACCACCGUCGUCACAAUACUCGGGUCAUUACGAAGAUCCCGAGCGUAAGCGCCUCCGUGAUGGGGGCCGCGCCUAUGAGAACGGCUUUGGACAGGGCAACGCCAAACGGCCGAGGAUGUAUGUCGAUCCGGAAGCCAAAAAACACCCCCGUGCUGGAUCUGUUCCGUGCCGAUUCUGGCGCGAAAAUAAAUGCCUCAAAGGUGAUGACUGCACCUUUCGCCACGAUCCUGCUGAUCUGGAUUAA